AUGUCAUUCUACAUUAAGGUCAACAAGCUUAGCCACCUGUUACAUUUGUGGCCAUUUUCAAAAUAUCCAUUUUCACAUUCCCAAUUUCCAAUCUCAAGUUCCAUUUGAAACUUCUCAAUUUCCCAAAAAAAAAAAUUAAAAAAAUAUAAUCAAGAAAUUCAUGAUGAUCAAGGCAGGAUUUUUCCCAUCACUUUUGAAUUAUGGUGAUAUCAAUCAUCAUCAUAAGUAUUAUAAUCAACAUGGGGUUUGUGUUUUUCCUAUGAAAUUUAGAAAUAAGAGUUCGUUUGGGUUUUCAUUAUCAACAAAUUAUGAUUUAUUUGGUGGUAGUAUUUCCAAGUUCAAUAGAAGAAAUUCCAAAUCAGCAGUUGCUAGUGCUCAGGCUUGAAUAUUAUAGUAUAUAAAAAGUUCUACCUUUUCAUCUCGCGCUACAUAUGCGCGUAAAACAGAUGAGCAUUGGAAUCAAGAAAGCUCCAAAAUGGUGGGAGAAAGGGCUUCAACCUAACAUGAAAGAGGUGAAUGGUGCCCAAGACUUUGUCGAUUCCCUUCUAACCGCGGGGGAUAAACUAGUAGUUGUCGAUUUCUUUUCCCCUGGCUGCGGGGGCUGCAAAGCGCUUCAUCCAAAGUUUGUUGAUAAACUAGUAGUUGUCGAUUUCUUUUCCCCUGGCUGCAGAGGCUGCAAAGCGCUUCAUCCAAAGAUAUGUCAGUUAGCAGAGAUGAAUCCAGACGUGAAGUUUCUGCACUUGAACUAUGAGGAACACAAAUCAAUGUGUUACGCGCUGAAUGUACAUGUUCUUCCAUUUUUCCGUUUCUAUAGAGGGGCUGAAGGUCGUCUUUGUAGCUUUAGCUGUACCAAUGCCACGAUCAAAAAGUUCAAAGAUGCAUUGACAAAGUACGGCGCAGAUUGUUGCAGCCUCGGACCAGUUAAAGGACUUGAAGAGAGAGAGUUACUUGCACUCGCAGCUAACAAAGACCUCUCUUUUGCUUACAAACCAAAAACAGAAGAACCAGUGCCCCUUACCUUACAAGAAGAUAUGGUGAUUAAAACAAGCAGAAUAUCUUCAUCCCAUCCAAGUACAUUUUCCCCUUUACCACUUCCUAUUCCCCUUGCAUCAACUUUAAGUAAGGCCAAACAGGAUUCGAAGAGUGAAGUUUGUUAAAAAAUGGACGGACCUUGGCCUGACUCAACUUGAAAAGUAAACUCAUAAGGUAGAAAAGCUCGACAACAGUUCAUUCCCUCAAGGGCACUCUUAACGCCCUCUGAUUUCUCUAAGACUAACAGUCUGGAGCAUGAACUAAGAGUGUGGAAGGAUAUAGAUCUGGCAAGUAUCAAGAACACGGACGUUGGACUUACCUUUAAAAGCUAGCUAGCUCACGAGUUAAGAAUAGCACAAGACUACAUGAAAAGAUGACGGUACAGUUCAGCUAUUGUGAGACAUUCUAACGAAGUUUUUGCCUACUUACCAUGGAUGAUCUUGAGAUUCAUCAGUAAACUGUGUUAUAGAGGUGAUGUACGUACAGGUUAUCUCGCGUUUUUAUCUGCAACUAUGUACAUAAUGCUGCAGGAAAUACUAUGUUGUGUGUACUAUACUGUAUUUAGUUUAGUUAUUCAACAUAUUAUAUGUGGAUUUUGGCUUUUAGAUGAGGUGGAACAAAAGAAUGCAUUCCGGCAUUCCCCACCCCCCUUUUAACUAGGGACGAAAUGAAUGUCAUACCUGUUGAACUUGUCAAUUGAGAGAGAGGGUCAAGUUUCUUACCA